UCUCUCAGAAGGUAAAAAAGUUCCCGGGUCUCUGGGACAGAGUGACCGAGUUCCUCGACGCACUUGAUUAUCCUGAUACAAAGACAGUGUAAUUUUGUGGAUAUUGCAUAUAAAAUCAGAGAGCAAACGCUAGUGAAUGCAGUGUUAAAAAAUUCAAAAUUUGGUUCAUCUGGACUGAGUGAACAAUUGAGAAUUCAGAUGACCAUGAUUUGGGGUUAGAGCCAGCUGAUUUUGGAUCUCCUGGCCUUCGAUGGGGGAAGAAUAAAAGCACAUUGCAAUCUUCCCAAUCGUAUACAUUUAUAUUAAUGUAUUUAAAAUGGAAUUCGUUAUGAGCAGAAGUGUAAAUAGAGCAGGAAUUUUCCUGAGAUCUUAUGCAAAUUUGGGAGUACCCAACACUUUGCGCAAUAUUCGGUGUUUCUGCCAAUUUUAUGACACGAGAUGGUCUGAUAGAGUGUAUGAUGAUAGAUCCAGGAAUUCAAUCUCCUGGCACAAUUACACCUCGAACUCCCUUCAACAAUUCAGACACCUCAGGAAUCAUGAAUCAAUCGGUCGAACUAUUUCUCCAGUCUAUUACUGCACUGCUCCGAAGGAUCAGGGCCUUUCUCCCCCCGAGGCACCGAAAAAAGUGUCGAUUUUUCAGAAGAUGAAACAGUUGACGAAGGACUACUGGCACAUUCUUAUUCCGGUGCACAUUGUCACUUCCAUAGGAUGGGUGUCCAUUUUCUACGUUGCAGCCAAAAAUGGGGUUGAUGUCAUUCAGCUCAUGGAAUAUCUCCAUAUGAGCGAAAAGUAUAUAAAUAUCAUCAAGAACUCCAAUGCAGGCCAUUGGGCAGUGGUUUAUGCACUCUAUAAGAUUUUCACGCCACUAAGAUAUACAGUUACAGUUGGUGGAACCACAUUGAGUAUCAGAUAUCUAGACAGACUGGGAAUAAUGAAAUUCCGACGAUCGACUGAGAACAUCCGUAAGAAAUUACCUAGGCACCGCGUACGAGCAGUACCAGCGACGCAAGCAAAAAAAACCAAAACACGACUAGCCCCAAGAAAAUCAAAAGCGAUUAACAGAGCUCAUAACUUAGAGAGUCUGAAAUUGACAGAGCAAAAAUUGCCACACUAAAGAGAAUUUAAUUCUUGUUUUACUUGUGUACAGAUAUAAAUGUUAUUGAAGCUUGUUCAAAUGAAUAAAGUGGUGACAAGAGAUAACCAAUCCA